UAGAUUCUAUGUAUCAGCAAUUUAAACUUCCUUCAAUUAAUAUGGCAAUUAGGUUAUCUUCACUGGGCAAAUGCCCUUCCACACUCUCCACACUUCUCUUCCUUGGGUUGUUGCUCUCUGCCCUGGACACUACAGGUGCUCAAAUAGGUGUUUGCUAUGGAAUGCUUGGUAACCUGCCACCACCAGCAGAAGUCGUAAGCCUCUACAACCAGAACGGCAUCCGCAGAAUGCGAAUCUACGACCCAAAUCCAGAUGCUCUCCGAGCCCUUGGAGGCUCUAAUAUAGAGCUCAUUCUUGGCCUUCCAAAUGAUAAACUUCAGAGUAUUGCUUCCAACCAAGCUGAAGCAGAUUCAUGGGUUCAAAACAACGUAAAAAACCAUGGAAAUGUCAAGUUUCGUUACAUCGCAGUUGGAAAUGAGGUAAAGCCCUCAGCUGCAGAAGCAGGAUCUCUGUUCCCUGCUAUGAGAAAUAUUCGCAACGCACUCAAUUCUGCUGGUCUUGGAGGUAUCAAAGUUUCCACUGCUAUUGAUACUAUAGGCCUUACUGCAGAUUCCUUUCCUCCCUCUAAGGGCUCUUUCAAGCCAGAAUAUCGUCAACUUCUUGAUCCUGUAAUACAAUUUCUAGUGAACAAUCAAUCUCCAUUGCUGGUUAACUUGUAUCCAUACUUCAGUUACAGAGAUAGUCAGGGAACUAUCAAUCUUGAUUAUGCUCUUUUCAGACCGGCGCCACCAGUCCAAGAUCCCGACGUCGGACGUACUUACCAAAACCUUUUCGAUGCCAUACUUGAUACUGUGUAUGCUGCGGUGGAGAAGGCUGGCGGAGGAGCUUUGGAGAUUGUUGUAUCAGAAAGUGGUUGGCCUACUGCUGGAGGAUUUGGAACUUCAGUUGAAAAUGCAAGAACUUAUAAUAACAACUUGAUUCAAAAAGUGAAAAAUGGGACUCCAAAGAAGCCUGGAAAACCCACUGAAACAUACAUUUUUGCCAUGUUUGAUGAAAGCAACAAAGGAGGUGAAGAGCUGGAGAAACAUUGGGGACUCUUUUCUCCAAACAAGCAGCCUAAGUACCCAGUCAAUUUCAAUUGAAAUAUUCCCUAUAAAUUUCUUCUGAGGGCAAUCUUAUGUAUAACUAAAUAAGAGUUUUGUAACAAUGGUACGAACUGCCUCUUGCUUUUAGAACCUAUUCUGGAAAAUCAGAAGGUUAAGGAAAUAAAGAACAAGAAUAAGGUUUAAUGGAAGAAA